AUGGAUGCCAGAGAGGACGAAGGAUACAAUCCAUCCCUUUGGGAGGACGAACACAUUUCGGCGAACAACAGUGAUUCUAUUGUUCCACGCCAUAUCUCGAAGGCACUCGCACAUCCGCAAUACGAUGAGUAUUCAGUCUUUGUGGGCAACUUGGGAUACCAUGCCACAAUUUCCGAGCUGAAUCAAAUCUUCGGCUACUGCGGACCUGUACUGCGUGUCACCAUAAUUGCGGAUCGUUUUAAAAUGCCGAAGGGAUAUGCAUAUAUCAGAUUUAAGUAUCCCUCAUCUGUACCUCAGGCCAUUCAGCUGACCGGUACUUCCAUCGGUGGAAGACGCAUCAGGGUCAGUGAGAAGCGCAUCAACGUUCCGGGCUUGUCAAGACUUCGUCGUGGCCUCUAUUAUAAAGAACGCAAUGGCGAUAAUGACACAUAUAGCAGUGGAUACGAUGAAGAUGGGGGAUACCAUGGAUAA